CAAGCUUCACUUUCCUGCCUUGUACACAGCGAGCACACGCCAGGCACGAGGCUCCCCGCUCCUCCCCUCUCCUGCGUUCUGCUGCGCUCCCUUCCAGAGAAUGACUGACUCCAGAGGACUCAAGUGGAGUAGACGCACUACAACGCUUCCUGUCUGCCGGGAAAGACUAAUGUGAUGUGAUUUUAUUGAUCACCUGUGCGGGAUUCUCUUUUUUUUCCCCUGCUCCCUUUGGAAUGAGAAAGAGCGCAUCCGACUCAACAUCCAGACAAACAAACAGAAGGACCAACAUGCAAUGGGUACUGCAGCGUGAAGGCAGCAACUGGACCACUCUUCUCCCUGGUUACUAAGAGCAAGCGAGAAUAAUAGUCAGCGCUGUCCACCAAGCUUGUGGGUGGAUGCGGCUUCUAGCAGACUGCUUUUAGGGAGCAAGGAGACUGUGAGGAAGUGACGCAAGCCGCGAUGAUGAUCCAUAAAUGGACAGUUACCUUCAAGAAAGCAAAUUUUUCAUAGUUUACGCAAAGAUUAUUAAUCGUUUUGUUCAGGAAAAACAGUCUUUCCAAUGAUGCUCGUGUUGACCGUCCCUUGCAGGAUUUCUUUGUAGAUGAAUGUGGAGCUUGUUCCUAAAGAGGAUGGAGGACUGUUUGAGGACCAGCUUUUUGGCAUUGAUGAUAUUGUAUUUGUUUUUGAGCACAGUUGAGACAGCCAACAGCGUUUAUCCCAGAAUACGGCUCUCACACAAAGAACUUUGGCAGCUGAACAGAACCUGGGUGUUCCAGGGCAACGGAGUGCCUCUUCAGCCCCAGACCAUGCUGCUGGACGAGGUCCACGAGAGGCUUUAUGUCGGGGCCAAGAAUGCUCUGUUCUCCCUCAGCCUGGACCAGGUUAACACGCAUCACAGAGAGAUCCAGUGGGCCAGUACUGAAACUCAAAUAGAAGAAUGUUUGAUGAAGGGACGGGAAAAGAUGGAGUGCGCCAACUACAUCAAGGUCUUGCAGCAGUACAACCAGACCCAUCUAUUGGUGUGUGGAACGGCAUCUUUUAACCCCAUCUGCGCAUUGGUACACGUGGGACACACGGGGAAGGACAGACUGUUCACUCUGCAAGAGGAGAGCGUUACAAGCGGGAGAGGACGGUGUCCGUUCAACCACAACAGUCCCUGCACCUCUACACUCUCAGGUGGAGAGUUGUACGUCGGCCUCUACACAGACUAUUGGGAAAAUGACGCUGCCUUAUGUCGACUCAACAACCGCACCUACACGCGCACUGAGAGGGACGACAGGCAGCAGCUCAAUGAACCGAGAUUUGUUGGUUCAGCGGUUAUUCCUGACAACGACGACAAAGAUGAUGAUAAAGUUUACUUCUUCUUCACCGAACGUGAGGUGGAUGUAGAGGGGGUCCACAAGGCUGUCUACACCCGCAUCGGACGAGUCUGUGCGAAUGAUCAAGGAGGACAGAGAAUGCUGGUGAAUAGAUGGAGCUCCUUUCUGAAAACUCGACUCAUUUGCUCUGUGGCGGGACCUGAUGGCAUCGAUACUCACUUUGAUUUACUUGAGGAUGUGUACGUGCUCAAGAACAAGGAUGGGAAAAACCCAGAAAUCUUUGGCCUCUUUAGCACAACAAGUGCGGUGUUUAAAGGCUAUGCAGUCUGUGUUUAUCACAUGGACGACAUCCGAGCAGCGUUUAACGGUCCCUUUGCCUUCCGGGAGAGACCUGAGCAUCACUGGACACCUUCUGAGGACAGAGUCCCCUACCCACGGCCUGGCUCUUGUGCCAGCAAAGUCAACAGUGGAGGCUUUUCCAGCUCUAAGGAGUUUCCCGAUGAGGUUCUGCGCUUUGUGCGCUCUCACCCCGUGAUGUAUCGUCCGGUUCUUCCGCAACAUCACAGGCCGGUCUUCCUGCAGACAGAGACUAGCAGGAAGAAGUUGACCCAGAUUGCGGUGGACAGGGUCCAAGCCCAGGAUGGACACUACCAUGUUCUUUACUUUGGGACAGAUGACGCGCUGGUGCUCAAAGUUAUCACAAUCGACAACAAAGACACCAACACAAUAGAAGAGGUCCUGCUGGAGGAGCUGCAAGUGUUUGAGGUUCCAGCUCCAAUAAAAGACAUUAUUAUAUCACCUAAACGGCAACAGUUGUACGUGAGCUCGGACGCAGGCGUGGCCCAGGUCAAAUUGCACCAGUGCGCCCUCUACGGAUCCGAAUGUGCCGACUGUUGCCUGGCUCGAGACCCCUACUGCGCUUGGGAUGGCCUCACCUGCUCUAGCUACUACCCAGCUGGAGUCUACACCAAGAGCAGACGAUUCAGGCGACAGGAUAUUCGCCAUGGCAACGCCGUCCAGCUGUGCAACGGCCUGCAAAUUGACGAUAAGCAAUGGCACAAAUCCGAGGAGAAGACGGUGUUGGGUGUGGAGGGCAACAGCACGUUGCUCAACUGCGUCCCUCGAUCACUUCACGCCAAGGUGCUCUGGUUCCUACAAAAUGGAGACAACAAAAGAGAGGUUCACGAGGACGAGCGUGUGAUCCAGACCUCGCAUGGGCUUCUCCUUUUGAGCGUCACAAGCUCCGACGCCGGCGUGUACGUGUGCCAGACGGUGGAACACGGCUACGUUCACACGCUUCUGCACGUCACUCUGCGCGUGCUCAGCGGGGAGACGUUGCAGUCCACCAUAGGGCCUAACGACGGGCAGGGAGACAAAAGCGGAGCACCAUGUCGGUACCACGGCAACCCCCCGGCGGGCCCCAGUUUCAGCCCCAAGACUCUGGUGCCGGCCUCCCUGCCGGGCCCCCAUUCUCGGCAGUGGUACAAGGAGUUCCUCCAGCUGCUUGACUACAAGGACGCCCAGAGAGUUGAGGAAUACUGUGAGAGGGUAUGGUGGCCUGAUAAGAAGCGCAAAAAGAGCAAAAAGAAAUUUUCCUUCUCGAGUGGCGAGAAGAAAGGUAAAGCCAGGGGGGCUGAGGGUAGCCAUCGAGUCCCCAGGCACACACUCGACACCUGAGAACACACACAUCCACACUCACACAUAACCAUUCGCUAGAGAAUAUAGUAGGAUUUUGUUCCCCCCCAAAAGCACUGUAAAUAAUACAGAUAAUUACUUUCUAAAGCCUAUUCCGUUCAGGGCCAUGAGUAAGGAGGCUAUCCCAUGAGGUUGGGCACACGCUUGAUUGGCUGCCAGCCAGUCACAGGGCACACAGAGACAAAUUCACACACACAUGCACACCUAUGAACAUUUUAGUCUUCACAGAACCAAACAUGGCUAUUUUUCAAAUGUGGGAGGAAACUGAAGUACCCGGAGAACGAUUUGAACAUGGGACUUCUCACCUGUGAGGCAGGCGUGCUAACCACCAUACCGCCGUGCUGCAGUCUUUCGUCUUAAAUAAAUCGUAGCACAGUUCUGAACUCCUAUUUCAAUGCCAUUUCACGCAAAGGAGUGGCGCCAUAGUGUGGAUGUCGCACAAUUUAGCUUAGCAUAGCUGAUGUCAACCAUGCAUCCAUUUUCUAUAGCGCUUGUCCUCAUUAGGGUUACUUGAGCCUAUCUCAGCUGACUUUUGGAUGAGUGGUCAGAAAAACCCUGGAUUGGUUGCCAGCCAAUCGCAGGGCACAAAUUCACCUUUCCAUUUCCACCAAUGGACAAUUUAAAGUCUGAACCUAACAUGCAUGUUUUUAGAAUGCAGGGAGGGGGAAAAAAACAUAGUACCCCAGGCAAGCAAACUCCACAGAAAGAUCUGAGAAUCAAACCCAGAACAUUUUGACUGUGAGGCACGUGGUCCAACAUGCUGCCACUUCUAAACAAACUGAUUUGAAGUUAGACCAUUUUAAUGACAAAAUUCCACCAUGUUUGCAGCCAGGGACAGGUCUAGUUCCAAUGCUUCACUUUUUGUACUCUUCCUACUAAAUUCCAGUGGUAGCUAUUACAUUUUAGACAGUUUGAUGAUGCUGUUUUCAGACUGACAUAAAAAAAAAAAAAUAAACAAAAAAUGCAGCGGUUGCCUUUUUGUGCGCUGUCAAGCGAUGAUCUGUCACCGACGGGCUGUCGGUCAAUUGUGUGAAAAACGAGGGGCUCCCUUCUCCGAGGCAACAGGGCGGCGAGUAAUUAGGUGACAAGGACAUUGAUCCGCCGAGACAAGACACACUGUAAAUACGAGCUCCCGUGGACUGACCCCAUCAAGCCAGCCCCGCCGUCAACCCCGAUGCACUCUGCCGUCUCGUUACAACUGUACUAGUGCUGUGAAUGCAUUGCAUGUGUAGCUCACUGUAUCUGUCAUGACAGAAACUUUUUUUUAAUAAAAAAUCAGCUCUGAAAAAAAAAAAUAAGGGACCAAAAUAACACUGGACAUUUUCUGGGUGGUAUUUUGACCAGUUUGCAUUUUUUUGUGUGCAAAUAAUUGCUCUAAAUAAACAAUAUUUGUAUUUGGAAUUUGAAAAAUGUUCAAAUCUUACUCAAACAUAUACAGUGGAUAACAAAAGUCUACACACUCUGGUUCAAAUGCAGUGUUUUUGUGACCAAGAUAAAUCAUUUCAAAACUAUAUACACCAUUAAUGUGACACUUUAACCUGGACAACCCAAUUGAGUAAUAAAAAAAACAUCUUUUUGACAAGGAGAGUGAAAGAAAAAACUGCGACAAUGUGGUUGCAUAAAUGUGCACACCUAUAACUUCAGAUGUGGCUGUGUCCAGAAUUAAGUAAGUGGGAGUCAUCACACGCCUGCCACCAUUGAAAAUGUCUCUGAAUAACUCCAAAUAAAGUUCAGGUGUUCUAGUAGGCUUUUCCUGAGGCCUGAAGGUUUUGCGCUAACACUGUGCCAUUUUUACUGCAACAAAAUCUCCCAAACACGUGGGAAAAUGUCUUACUGUCCGAAUAAACCCAAGUUGAACUUGUUGGCCAUAAUUCCAAAAGGUAUGUUUGGCACAAACACAAUACCGCUGAUCACCAAGAGAACACCACACCUGCAGUGAAAGAUGGUGGUGACAGCGCUGUUUAUAUUCAGCUGGAACUGGGGCCUUAGUCAUGGUGCAGGAAAUUAGGAACACUUCCAAAUAGCAGUCAGUGUUAGUAUAAAACCGUCAGAUAGAAAGCAAAAAAAUGUCAGGAAAAAGGGUACUAGAACAGCUGAGCUUUGUGACUCCCAUUUAACAUGUUUAAAUGUGGCUGGUUAUCUUUUGAACACAGCCAUAUCACGAGUUAUAAGAGGGUGUGCACACUUGUGCAACCUCAUUACCUCAUUUGUUUGUUUUUACUCCUCCUCAUAAAGAUAAUUUUUUGUUAAUCAAGUGAGAUGUACAGGUUAUAGGUCACAUUAAUGGUGGAAAAAGUUUUGAAAUCUGUCUUUUUAUAUAUAAAAAACUUUGGCAUUUGAGCAGAGGUGUGUAGACUUUUUAUAUCCACUGUGCCUAUAAAUUACAAUAUCAGAGAAACUGAUAAUUUGACAGCGGUCUCUAUUUUUUUUUCUAGAGUUACAAGUAAAGGCCUUGUAAUAUUGUUAUGAUUAAUAUUGUUAUGCUGAUGUAUGAUGAUAACUUAUUCUCUUGGUUCUGGCUUAUGUAGUUUUUAGACGUGCGUAAACUGGAAAAAUGCAAUGCUAUUGUUAUUUGUGUUUGUGUUAUGACUGUUUCAAUGAUAAUGUACAGCAGGAUGAUACAAAACCACUAUGAUAAACACCAGAAAUGUUUUUUUUUUUUUGUAUUCUAAUCCUGAUCGCAGUGAAAAUAAAAUACGAUUUAAGCACUUGUAGACAGUGAAUAAAUGUUAAUUGUUAUAUUAGUGAAUUAUUAGGGGGAAAAUCUUCUUAAUACGAACUUUACUGUCCAAGCAAAAGUCAGAAGACAGUAUAUAGUAUCCCUCCCGUCUUCGUCGCGGCAUCAUGUGUCCCGUCUGCUUGGUAUCUGCUUGCACACAAACAGGAGAUCAAUGUACUUGUACUGUAUACAGUCAUGACAUUUCUAUGAAGCAGGUUGUAAACCACAUGCUGUAAGGUCGUCAACAUAACACACUGUAGCUCAAUCCGAGCUCUACGGAUCACGUCGCCGGAUUAUCUCGUGUGUGAGCCUAAACCCAAAAUUACACCUUUUUGAUAGCCAUAAUUUGAUAGCCAUAUAGUAUAUUUAAGUGAUCAAGUAGAGAACAGUGUAUUACAUUUAAUUUAAUUCCAAUGGAGUACUUUGUUUUUGCCAAAGCACAACCUUUUUGACUAUUAAAGACCACCAUAGUUUCAGUUCAUGCCAUGGUUUAGCAGAUAUAUGACUUAUUUAACAUAUACCAAUGUAACACAUUCAUUCAUUCAUUCAUCUUCCGUUCCGCUUCUCCUCACUAGGGUUGUGGGCGUGCUGGAGCCUAUCCCAGCUAUCUCCGGGCGAGAGGUGGGGUACAGCCAGCCAAUCGCAGGGCACAUAGAAACAAACAACCAUUCACACUCACAUUCACACCUACGGGCAAUUUAGAGAUUCCAAUUAACCUACCGUGCAUGUUUUUGGGAUGUGGGAGGAGACCGGAGUACCCGGAGAAAACCCACGCAGGCACGGGGAGAACAUACAAACUCCACACAGGCGUGGCCGGGAUUUGAACUCCGGUCCUCAGAAUUGUGAGGCAGAUAUGCUAACCAGUUGUCCACUGUGCCGCUCAAUGUAACACAUUUUAAUUCAUUUUCAAUGGACUAUGGUUUUACAAUUUUGGGUUUUUUUUUUUUUUUUUGCAAAAAAAAAAACACCACAGAUCUGGCCUUUUAAGACCACAUACUUUCAGUUCAUACAAUAGUUAGACAUUUAAGGGAUUUAAGAUCUAGCAAUGUACCAAAUUUUCUUUCAUUAUUACACUCCUCUUUAACUCAUUCACUGCUGUGGCCGUUUAAAUUCAUCAACUGGAAUCCACCUGUUUACUGCCUCUGAUGAUUCUAUUCUUCAAGUAUGUUUUCCAAAACAUCUUGUCUGCCAAAUUCAGAUUUGUAAGCAACUUUAAUAACUAACAGAUCCCUGUAGAUGGCUGUGUUGCAUCACUUUUUGAUUUGAGAUCAGCACAGCUUUGGAGUGGAAGAUAAAGAUUAGGGGGUGAAUCUCAAUUUGGCAUGUCGAUUAUGAGGGAGAGAAAUGGCAACACGAAUGUCAUAUAAGUUUUGGCACUAACAAAGUAUUCACUUUAUAUGUAUCAUAUAAACAAGAGUAUGAGGUAGUAGAAAGUGUGUGUCACGAUCGUGAGAAAAGAUGACGCAGUUCAUGGAGUGUAUGAUGAACGCCAUACAAAAAAAAGACACAAAUGUUCAGAUCGAGCAAUGCGGUGAGUCAACUUUGCUUAUCGUGCAUUUCUUAGUUGUUUAGCUGUAAAUAAAUAACCAUAAAAUGCC